ACCUUUUUGUCAGUGCAUGCAUCACAUAGCAUUAUGUCCUGAAAAAUCUUAACAAUAGUGAUGUGGGUUAUAUUCAUGUCCCUCCCACUCUAGUCGUGCUAAUGUAAGUGACUGAAUAAAAAAACCUCCUGUGAGUGUGGUUUGAUCAGAGACAGUCAUGAUGCUGGAGCAGGUCGUGCUGUUAGCAGCCGUCACAGUGCUGGGACUGCUGGAGCAAGCGUACUUCUGUCUGAAGGUGAUCCAGGCGAGGAGGAAGCACUCGGUCUCCCCUCCUGCCACCUCCGGUCCUCCGGCGUUUGAGAGGAUCUUUCGAGCCCAAGCAAACUCUUCUGAAUAUUUCCCCAUAUUCGUCUUCUCGCUUUGGCUGGCUGGAGUUUUCUUCAGUCAAGCGCUGGCAGUGUUGUUCGGGCUGCUGUAUCUUUAUGGACGGUAUCUGUACUUCCACGGCUAUGCAGAAUCUGCUCAGGGCAGACUGGAGCCGCUGUACUUCAGUGCAAAGAUGCUGUGGGUGCUGAUCGCUCUGGCCGGGCUGGGGGUCAGCUGCACCCUCACACAGGCCUAUCUGGGACUGGACCUGCUGCACUCCUUUAGUCAUGUUCUGGGCCUGACCGAACACACAUGAAAGCUCAAGCGCUGGAUGUCUGCUGGAGGCUGAGAACAGGGAAAGCUUCAAAGGACCUAAAAACACUUAAAGACAAAAAUGUGUUUUUUUUCUCCUCUAAAGAAAGAAGGUAUUCAUUUUGUCCAUUAAAUGGAAACAUCUACUAUGUACUCGUGCAAAACAAUCAGUUAUUCAAAUGGUUGCUUCUAGAAACAUUACUGUUAGUUUUUCCAAAUGUAAAAAAAAAAAAAUACUUAAUAUGUUAUUGUGUUUAAAUUUAAAUUAGAAGCUUUUAAUAGAUUUUUGUAUUAGCAAUGUCAUUGCACAUACGCAUAUCUCAUGAGAAUUAUGUCUUAGUUGCCAAUAUUGUUUUCCUCAAAUGAUGCAUUAGAUGCUUUUGAUAGCAUUGAUAACUAAUUUGUUUAUGCAUUAUAAAUACAAUUAAACAAAGUUUCCCUUUUUGAAUAAUUUCACAAAAAUUACAACUUGACUGUCAAUGAUGCACAAUAAAAAAAAUAUAUACUCCCAAUUGA